AUGAAAGAAGAUGAAUAUACAAAAAGCCUUGACAAGAAUCAGGUCUUUGAAAUAUUUCAAAAGCGAGAUAUUCGGAAAAACAUUUUACCCAAAGUUAUAAAGCUUUGUAUGGAAACGCUAUGUUGGUGUCCCUUUCAGGGACAACAAUAUGGCCGCCAGAAACCAACAGAAACAUCUAUUUCUGAGUUUUUCUACUAAUGCGUGAAUUCUUUGCUUGAGGAAAUCGUAAAGAUUAAAGUAAUAUUUAUUCUGAGACAGGGAAUGUUUAGAUAGCAAAAUAUUUCAAAGUCGGUAAUGUUGUUAACCCACAUAAGAGCUUUCCUGGCCGUCAGCUAAAUGCCAUGUCAUGCAAAAGCCUGGAAAUUCACACGUCCUCUCUCGCAAAACGAAGAACCCUUUCAAACCAAAAAUUUGUUUAUAUAAAGGUGUUUAUGUACUGUAAUACCUCAUGAUUAAUUAAGUUCGCUGUUAGGAGUGGAGCUUAAUGAAAAUUCUAUCUCUACAACUCACCGGCUUCCAGACACUAAAAAAAUCAAAAAUCGUAUUAUCGUGAAAUUUGUACACAGAGACACAAGAGAAAAAGUCUGCAAAAAGAGGGCAAGUCUCAUGAGGAAGUCAACGAAAGAUCUUGAUCCAUCUGUCACCAAGAAAAUUGGAAAAUCAAUUCAAAGGGCAAAUUAAAUCUACAUCAAUGAAUCACUAACAAGCUACAGGAAUAGAUUGUUUGGUAGAAUCCACGAAUUCAAAAAGUCAAACAAAUUCGAUCAAAUUCUUAUGGACAGUUAAUGGCAAGAUCAGCCUCAGAGAGAGUAAGACAUCUACAGUUUACAAAUUUACAACUCAUGAAGAUUUUGAAGAAUUUCUGGAUAUACGAGACUAAAAAACACAGUAGUUGCUACUUUAACUCUAUUUAUUUAUUAUGUGUUAUUUUUAUUAGUUUAGCAUGGCUGUAGAUUUUAAUAGUGAAUAUACUAAUCUAUGUGACUGUCUACCCUUCAGUCACUUGGAAUUGGUGUUGGUCAAUAGAUCCAAGAAAGUUAAAAACUGAUCUGUUUGACCUAAUUACCAAUCCAGAUAAAUUUGGCGAGUGUGAUCCUGAGCACAUUCUUCCGCUAUCAUCAUCUGACUAUUAUUCUGUAUCUGAGAUGAAUAGUACCUUUGGAAAAGCUGGAUCAAAUGCCCUCACUCUAUUCCAUUGUAACAUAAGAAGCUUGCCCAAGAAGCUGAGCCUUCUUCAUGCUGUUUUAUAUUGUCUUGAUAGCAGGCCUAAUAUUAUUGCAAUUUCUGAAACAAGACUAAAUGAGAACUUAGUUUCAAACAUGACUCGUCUACUGCAGCAGGUGGAGCAGGACUUAAUGUCUCAAAAAGUUGAAAAUCAAUGCCAAGCCAUGAUCUUCAAUAAUUAUUAGAUGUAGAGCUGGUCAAGUCCUGCUGGGUUGAGGUUGAUCCCUGUAAUGGUAAAGCCCAUGCAGUUAUUGGAUGUAUAUAUAGGCACCCAUCUGCGAAUAUAGAUGACUUUACUAGGAAAUUAGUUGAACUCACAAAAAAUCUCAAUCGGAAAAAACUAUAUAAAAUUAUAUAAGUCUGUAUUUUAGGUGACAUCAACGUAGACUUUUUAAAAUGUAAUGUCCAUUCACCAACCGAGAACCAUUUGGAAAUGCUUUAUUCCAAUAAUUUCCUACCUAUUAUUAAACCAACUAGCUUAAAUGGCAGCUCUAAUUUGGGAAACUAUUUCAAAAGAAUUGAAGUCUCUUAAUAAUUUUGCCAUUAAAAGAAACUGUAAAACCUUUUUAUUACAAAACCAAUGAUAGCGAAACAGCUGAGAACCCUCUUUUCUUUAGCUUCCUGUCUUCAUUGAACAAUGCAGGAAUAGUAAUAUAUAAUUAGGUAAUUUUAUUCUCCUUUUUUUUUAUAAACUUUAAUAUAGUACUUUAUUGCAUUGUAUCAAAAAGUCUAGAAAAAAUUCUAUAUAAACAAGUAUUCUCUAUACCCUAAUUUAUUAUUACCUCACACUUAUAUCUUGGACUCCUCUAUUUACUUAAAUGGGACAGUGACCAACACAAAAGCUUCGGCUACUUUGGUCACUGUGCACACUAUCAACAAACUUGUGUAUUAUAUUUAUUUUUCAUCAUUUGUUAACCUACUGAUUCUGUAAGCUAUCUUAUACUGUAUCAACUUAAAUAGUGCAAAAUAAACUUGAACCUUGAACCUUGAAAGUAGAAAUUCAGAAGAAUCGAUAGUUUCUUAGUUUGAUUUUUGAUGACGUCAAGUGCAAACCAAGAAUACUCUCAUCUCACCGCAUUUUUUAUGAGUUACUACCACCAAUAAACACUGAUAAAACAUGAAACCUAUCAAAAAUGUGUUUCCUGCAUGUAAAGGUAGCGAAAAGGGAUACUCAGGGAGCAGAAGGGAAAGGAGUUUAAUGUUGGUCGGACAAAAACGAGACAAAGACAAGACUCCAGUUAUGUCCACCAUUUUAAAUCAUUUCAACUUUGCUCCAAAGACACAUCUUUCUUCUGGAGAUUGUAACACUAGCUAACUCAAAGCAAAACAGAAAUAUUAAAGCUAACGAUGUUAACCUCAUCUCAAUGGCCAGGAGUAUUUUUGUGCCUCAGAUCGAUCAUACGUUGCUUUCAAUGUUUUGUACGUGGUCCGUCACUGUUUGGAAAAUACUUUCCCAUGACCCCCCCUCCCCCUCGGAAUUUCCAAUGAUCUUCCAUGGAGGGGGUAUGGAUAUUUUCUGGAACCACACCAGUCCUUUCAUCAUGCAUUUUUAUUAAUUUCCGAGAGAUAAUUAAUCAACUCUUAUUUGAUUGUUAUCCAAUACAUGUAGUAUUGAUUAUUGUUUUCAUCUAUUAAAUAUGCUGAGGUUAAUACAGUUGACUCUUUUAAGGGAGGCGGGGAGAGUGGUUGUUUGAACUGACUGAUACUAUACUGUACAUUACACCAACUGUGAGCCCCUACAAACUGUGUGACCAUUUCUUCUUUUCAAAGUUUAGAAAUGGCGGCAUUGUGAAUGCUGUUCUCUUCUGAACCUGGAACUAAUGUUACUUGCAAUAAAUUACUUUGGCAUUUGCUGCCUUUUUACAUAACAUCAAGCUCUUCUGUUAACAUUUUUAAGACUAAAUACAUAUCCUUUUAGGAAAGUUUUUAAUUGAAUCAUUUAUUUAUUUUAAUGACUGUCAAAUUUGUGAUGAUGAUUUUUAGAUAGUUUUUACUAAUGUAAAAAGCUGUAAAGCACCUUUGGAUGCUUGCAGAAAAGGUGCUAUUAAAUUGUUUAUUAUUAUUAUUACAUGUAUUAUUAUUAUUAUUAUUAUUAUUCUAGCCUGUGAUGGUUUUCACAAAUAAGCAUUGCAGCUGCUGUAGAUUACAGAGUAAGCACUUCCACACAAAAUUAAGGCGUCUCGGUCAUGGCCUGCACCUCCAUGAUGUUUAACUGCUUAACAGAAAUAGAACUGAUGAUUAAAAAGUUCAUGAGAACCCUGGUGAAAUACUCAGAGUUCCAAAAAUAUUUUUGACAAAACUCGUCCCUGAGCAAGCAGCAUGUAAAAAUCACCUUCCCAGAAAAAAAAUAGCUGGUUGUCCCAUCAUUUCAAUGGUAGAUAAGUUCAAACAUUCUUAGUAUGAAAAUACCUGUAUUUUAUUACAUUUUUUGCAAGAGAAUUAUAUGAAUGGUCCAAAUAUUUGUACAAAACUUUGUGUACAACACAGUCAUGACUAGUAAGCAUUAUUUUGUGUGUUAAUUUGGGUUACUGCAACUUUAAGUAUUCCUUUUUGUCAGAAAAGCAAAAACAGUUGAGGGGUGAUAUAAAACUAAAUUUCAUUUUGAGACAAUUAUUAUGGCUUGGUGACUCUCCCAACUUGCAGACUUUAAAGCUGCAAUGUAAUCUCAACUCAAGAUUCUCCUAAUUGCUGCAUUUAGUCUGCCAUCAUACUACUGUAGAUUUUUAAUAUUCUUUUAUAUUCUUUUAUUUAUUUAUUUUUUUUCAGUUUAUAUUUGAAGGCGAAGGUGGACAAUGUUUUCUAAAGUGCGUACAGGCCCAAUUAAAUGGAACUUAUUCCUUGGGCAAACCUAUAAAAGUUACCAUCCUGGCAAAUGAGUGCGAUCUAAUUUCAAGCUUUUUCCCUGAAGAGCUGGCGAGGCAACUGGCCACAUUUACCCAGAUAGGUGUAGAAGUCAGUUUACUUGUUCCAGAAAAUACACAGAUUGAUGAUUGGAGUAAAAGGAGCCUAGAAGAAAAUGGAGUUACCAUUGUCAAAGCCAAGAGGCGACCAGGCUUUACUGACCCUUUUGAUUGGUUGUAUUAUCAACCAGAAGACCUCAAAACAGACAUUGUAAUAGGAAUUGGUACACGACUUGCUAAGAUUGCACAGCACUGGAAAGAGCGAUAUCAAUGCAAGAACAUAUAUGUUGGUCUUGACAGUUUGCUUGGGUUUUAUAUAGGUGAGGAAACUUUUGUAGAUGUAGAUUUCAGAAAGGAACUCUCCGUAGCUGCCAACCUUCCUGUUGCUAUAGGACCCAAGACAACUGAUGACCUGUCUGCUUCUCUUCGCCCAAAAGGGAAGCAAGUGUUUAACCUCACCCCUGGAAUCACCAGAGAAUUUAGUAACUUAACUCAUGCAACCAAUGAUGGAAGAAAUUUUCGUGUUCUGCUUGUUGGAGGAGAUAAUCCUGACAAUUUUCAGGAAGAGGGACUUGAACUUGCUGCAGAAACAAUGGCAGAGUUAAAUGAUAAAUCCUAUCAUCUAAUUUAUGUUGGUGCAAGAAAAGAAACAGAGAAGCAAUUUGCCAAUCUAUUUCAACAGUGUGGUGUUCCUAAAAGGCAGCUAACAAUAAGAAGCCUUCUAAAAACUAAACAAGAAUGGAAAGAUCUUUUCUGUGAGGUGGACCUUGCCAUCAUGCCAUCAGGUGACAAGGAGUUUGGUUUGGAGGCACUUCUUGCCUUAUCUGCUGGGCUUCCUGUGCUUGUCCAUGGGGAAUCAGGAUUUGGUGAGGCUCUCAGGGAUGUCACAUUUGGAACAUCAGCCAUUGUGGAUUCUGAUGAUGCCAGAGAGUGGGCUUCAAGAAUCAUAACCAUCAGAGAGACGGACAGGAAGACCAGACUUGAGCAAGCAGCAAUGUUGCGUUCAAACUACGAUGAGAAGUACAGCUGGAAGAAGCAGCUUACACCUUUGGUUGCAAUGAUGUUCAGCAUGGUUUUCGGUAUGGUUUUUAUUUCAAGUUUUUCACUUACUAUGCUUUUAUAG